AUGCAUUUGCAUUUCGAGAGGACUAAUUCGACAAGAACGGAUUGUGCGAUCCUAAGCCUGACAUGGAUGGGAAAAGUGCCGGACGAUUUGCCGGACGAGGAUGGCUGGAAAUUGAACAGGGUCCAUUAUUAUCAGGAUGGUUGGCUCGCUACUGGAAACGCAAGAAGCAUUGUUGGGGUGACUUUCACAUCCUGCCAUAAUAGGAAGAUAGCUGACUUACCUUUAAGAUCCAACUAUAAUCUCAGAGGCCACAGAGCAGAGAUUGUACUAGUAAAGUGGAAUGAGCCAUAUCAGAAACUGGCGUCUUGUGAUAAUACUGGUACAAUAUUUGUGUGGAUCAAGUAUGAAGGCCGAUGGUCUAUCGAACUGAUCAACGAUCGUAGCAUCCAAGUGACAGACUUCUCUUGGAGCCACGAUGGAAGGAUGGCCUUGAUCUGCUACCAAGAUGGCUUUGUCCUGGUUGGCUCUGUGUCUGGUCAGCGGUACUGGUCCUCAAUGCUGAACCUGGAGGACAGCAUCAGCUGUGGGAUAUGGUCGCCAGAUGAUCAACAUGUGAUGUUUGGCACAUCAAAAGGUCACAUUGUUGUCAUUGAUGUGCAUGGAGCCAUUGUGGCCCAGGUCAACUUGCAAACCGACUCUCCCAUCGCUUCCAUGGCAUGGUCUUGUGAAAAAUUCAAGAUGGACGAAUCAUACGAUGAUGAUCGUCAUAGUUUCAGCUACUUCAACAAAGGAGAAAAGAGCUAUCCUUCCGUUCCAUCUACCUCUGUUUUGGCUGUUUGUUAUUCCAGUGGUACCAUACAUCUCAUGAAGAGUUAUGAUGAUUUGACACCUACCGUGAUUGAAACAAAUUUGAAAGGAAUCAAAAUGGAGUGGGCUAACAGUGGAGAGCUUUUGGCAGUUGCCGGAAUGUCCGUUGAUUCCACUGGAGGGAAUUUCGUCAAUAUGUUGCACUUUUAUAAUGAUAGUGGUGUUCUACGUUUCCUCAUUCCAAUACCGUGUACCCAAAGUCCUGUCACUGCCAUGACUUGGGGUCAUAACGACAAGCGACUGUUCAUUGCCACUGGCUGCAUCAUCCAUGUUGGUUGGGUGACUCAAAAAAUUGCAUCUCUGCAACUGCUGGCGAGGCUUGCAACCUACGGCGCUUUGCAAAAUGAUGCCUUAAUCCAGAAAUUGCCGUUGCCCCAACGCCUUCGAGCUUUGAUCUCGCAUCUUACUAUGCAGACUAUUAAGUGUCACCUGCCAGAUCCGCACCACUUGCGAGAGUUUGUGUCGAAGCCUCCCUCCAGCGACAUCCGUUUCCACUGCACCAUGAUCCGGCACGAGGACGACGACAUGACGGGCAGCGCCACCUACACCAUGUUCCUGGAAUACCUGGGUGGCCUCGUGCCGCUGCUCAAGGGCAAAAGGGUCAGCAAGCUCAGGCCAGAGUUUGUCAUCUUUGAUCCCCAGUCCCUGGAACCGGGCCUCCCGCACCCCCUGUACCGGGUGAAGAACUGCCAAGCGUACUCGUUUCCCCCUGCUCAGCUGAACACCUGCCUGGCCAUCGUCCCCCUCUUCGUCCCCUCGUCCUCGUCCGACAGCGAGGCGGAGGAGGGGUGCGCCUCGCCCAGGAUGCAGAGGCGCAAGAGGAACCGAAGGCACGCCCACGGGAGGCACGCGGAGGCCGCCUGGAGGGAGAUCAUGUACAUCGACGAGCUGCCGGAGAGCGAGAAGAUAGUGUCGGUGACAUCCAACAUCUGGGGCACCAAGUUCAAGAUCCUGGGCCUGGUUCCUUGGCUGCCCUCUGUCCUGGGCACGGUGACCUACCGCACGAGCCUCCUGCACCUGCAACCCCGCCAGAUGACCCUGCUCAUGAAGGAGCUGAGGGGCCCCCAGCCCCGAGAGUUUUGCCCUUCCGAUCCCGCCAAGGGCACGUCGGCCGUCGUCUUCUCGGAAGACGAGGACGAUCCCGGAGAUACCUCCUAUGAAGAAAGUAUACCUAUUGCACCAAUGACACCAAAAAAGCAACAAAGAAGCGGAACAUUUCGUUGUCUUCUCAAUCAGGAGCAUGAGCAGAAUGGAGUUUUUUCAGGUUGCAGCAAUGGCGAUUAUGUUAAUUUCAUUCCAUCUGAAGAGUUUCUCACAUUUGAAAUCACUGGGGAGAAAGGGGUUCAUGUCAUCAGUCUUCAGCGAGCAGAGAGCAGUAGUGUUGUUUCAGUUGCCACUCAAACAAGUGUCACUUGUGUUCCAGACUUGCAAAUGCAGUCCAAUAUUCCAUCCAGUUCAGGAUUUGUGUUCCAGAACAAAAGCUCAGAAAAAAAUGGCGACAAAUCAAAGUGUACCACACAAGCCACUCCAAGCCAGCAGGACAAAGACUGGACUCCUACUGCCGAGGGUCCUUUUGAUUUGGACUUCAUAGAAGCCCACAAUUCAACUAGUAGUGAUUCUUCCAAAGACAUUUCAGCGCAGAACAGCUUGUCAGAUAAUUCGAAUUUGUCUUCACAAUCAAAUUCUAGUACAUCUGUCGAUAGCAAAAGCGUUUAUGUCAGCAUUGCCUCGUGUGGAUCUCAGUCCGGAGUGGUGGAUAACUCUUUUCGUAGUAGCCUACAGUCUCCGCUGGUUGCAAGGCGGAUUGUUGAAAUGAAUUCCAAUUCAUGCAAUACACCAUUGUGUAACAUUCCAUUUUCAUUGCCUAUUCAGAAUUCACAAAGCAAUGAUUCCAUUCCUACCACUCUGGACCUAGUCACACUUGCCAAUCAAGAAGGAUUAAGUUCUGUUUCCAAUAAAGCAAUUGAUAUGAAAUUCAUUGAUGACCCUGAAACCCCAUGCAAUGAAAAGGUUUCAUUUCCUAACAGUUCCUCAUUUAUCGUCAGCAGAAGCCAAAGCGCCAAUCAGUUGCAGGCCGCAGAUUUCACCAAUGUCCGCGAAAAAACUGGUACAUCAUUCAAAGAAACGAGGCGGAGAUUGACUCUGAAACCGAAGCCACCAUGCGGUAAAAUGCAUUGUCAUGAAUGUAAUGAAGGAGAAAAGCCAUGUGAUAGUCCUUGCGAUGCCAACGGCGUGUCGAUUGGUGAAGAAGGCUUUUACGAUCUGACAUGUUCUUGCCCUUCAGAAAAAAAGCCUUCCACCACGACUCCACAGGUUCCUGAGGAAUCAUCCGCCAAACCUGUUGUAAAGAAUGUGCUUAAGAAAGAGUUCCACAGUUGCGAGGACGUCAAUAAAGUGUCGGAAGCUCUCAGGAGGUUGAAGAAUCUCAAAGGUUUGGAUCAAACAGUUGCAAAAUCAGAAAAUUCGAGUCCCGUCCGCCAUCGCAGCGAAGUGCCAAGUGAGAUAUCUGACUACCCAUCUCCAUCUUUUCUUCAAGAGCAUCGUGCCAGUUAUCCUCAGGCUGAUGACACUAGCGAGAUGUCGGAUUCUUCGACUACAGUAAGCCGCAGUAUACCGUCGUCCCCAGUGGUGGCACGUAAGAAAAACACACGCCGUGGUCUAUUGUACAGUCCUCUGUUGAUCAGAAAAAUGCGUAGGCAAAGGCUAGUUGACAGCUCUGAUGAAGACAGUGCAUUCAGUGGAGAUGACAUGGCUGGCGAAAAUUUUAAGGACUUGGAAAGUUUUCAAAAGGCUUAUAUUCGGAGAAAGCUGAAGAAGCGCUGUGGGCGAACAGUCACAGACAGUGUUCCGGCCAACGGCAACUUGCCCCCCUACAGAGAGUUCGUCCUUCACAAUAAAGCCCCCCUUUGGAAUGAACUCAGCCAAGUGUAUCAGCUGGACUUUGGCGGGAGAGUGACGCAAGAGUCGGCAAAAAAUUUUCAGAUUGAAUUCCGUGGCAGACAGGUGAUGCAGUUUGGUCGGAUCGAUGGCAAUGCUUACACUCUUGAUUUCCAGUACCCAUUCUGCGCCCUCCAGGCAUUUGCCGUCGCUCUCGCCAACGUCACUCAGCGACUCAAAUGA